AUGGUUACCUCGGAGUUUAAUCAUGCUGAUGGUGAUGAUAAUUAUGAGGAUGAGGAUGAUUAUGUUGAUGAUGAUGAGUAUGAUGAUGAUGCUGAGGAUUAUGUUGAUGAUGAUGAUGAUGAUGAUGAUGAUGAUGAUGAUGAUGAUGAUGAUGAUGAUGAUGAUGAUGAUGAUGAUGAUGAUGAUGAUGAUGAUGAUGAUGAUGAUGAUGAUGAUGAUGAUGAUGAUGAUGAUGAUGAUGAUGAUGAUGAUGAUGAUGAUGAUGAUGAUGAUGAUGAUGAUGAUGAUGAUGAUGAUGAUGAUGAUGAUGAUGAUGAUGAUGAUGAUGAUGAUGAUGAUGAUGAUGAUGAUGAUGAUGAUGAGGAUGAUGAUGAUGAUGAUGAUGAUGAUGAUGAUGAUGAUGAUGAUGAUGAUGAUGAUGAUGAUGAUGAUGAUGAUGAUGAUGAUGAUGAUGAUGAUGAUGAUGAUGAUGAUGAUGAUGAGGAUGAUGAUGAUGAUGAUGAUGAUGAUGAUGAUGAUGAUGAUGAUGAUGAUGAUGAUGAUGAUGAUGAUGAUGAUGCUGAUGAUGAUUGA